AUGGCUCCCCAUGCAGAGGUAGACGCGGGCUCCGCGCACGGAGACGGACCCCUUCCCCCCACCGGCAACGGAGCCGCCGCCGGUGGCCACGCCCGCGAGCUCUUCACCGUAAACUCCCCCAACGUCGUCUACAACGACACAGAGAUCCUGUCAAAGUACACCUACCGCACCACCAAGGUCUCGCAGGACGCCAAUGGCAAGUACGUCGCCACCCCGACCGAGACGCUCUACGAGUUCAAGACGGAGCGCAAGGUCCCCCGCGUCGGCAUGAUGCUCGUCGGGUGGGGCGGCAACAACGGCACGACCGUCACCGCCGGCAUCCUCGCCAACCGCCGCGGUUUGACCUGGGACACGCGCGAGGGCGCCCGCGCCGCCAAUUACUACGGCUCCGUGAUCAUGGGUUCGACCGUCAAGCUGGGCACGGACGCCGCGACGGCCAAGGACGUGAAUAUUCCGUUCCACGACCUGCUGCCGAUGGUGCACCCGAACGACCUCGCCAUCGGCGGGUGGGACAUUAGCGGGAUGAACCUGGCCGCGGCGAUGGACCGGGCGCAGGUGCUGGAGCCGACGCUCAAGGCGCAGGUCAAGAAGGAGAUGGGGGAGAUGGUCCCGCUGCCGAGCAUUUACUACCCCGACUUCAUCGCCGCCAACCAGGAGGACCGGGCCGACAAUGUGCUCCCCGGGACGAAGGCCUGCAUGGCUCAUGUUGAGCAGAUCCGCAAGGAUAUCCGCAACUUCAAGGAGGCCAACGGCCUUGACAAGGUUAUUGUGCAGUGGACCGCCAACACCGAGCGCUACGCCGACAUCAUCCCGGGCGUCAACGACACCGCCGACAACCUGCUCAAGGCCAUUGAGGAGGGCCACGAGGAGGUGUCCCCGUCCACCGUCUUCUCCGUUGCCUGCACGCUCGAGGGCGUGCCCUUCAUCAACGGCUCCCCGCAAAACACCUUCGUCCCCGGCGCCAUCGAGCUGGCCGAGAAGCACGGGGCCUUCAUCGGCGGCGACGACUUCAAGUCGGGGCAGACCAAGAUGAAGUCGGCGCUGGUCGACUUCCUCAUCAACGCGGGCAUCAAGCUGACGUCCAUCGCAAGCUAUAACCACCUCGGCAACAACGACGGGAAGAACCUCAGCUCGCACAAGCAGUUCCGGUCCAAGGAGAUCUCCAAGUCCAACGUGGUCGACGACAUGGUGGAGGCCAACACGGUGCUGUACAAGGAGGGCGAGCACCCGGACCACACGGUGGUGAUCAAGUACAUGCCGGCGGUGGGCGACAACAAGCGCGCGCUCGACGAGUACUACGCCGAGAUCUUCAUGGGCGGGCACCAGACCAUCUCGCUCUUCAACGUGUGCGAGGAUUCGCUGCUGGCGUCGCCGCUCAUCAUCGACCUCGUGCUCGUCGCGGAGAUGAUGACGCGCAUCCAGUGGAAGGCCGUCUCGUCGGACGGUGCCGCGACCAAGGACUUCAAGGGCUUCCACAGCGUGCUUAGCAUCCUGAGCUACAUGCUCAAGGCGCCGAUGACGCCGCCCGGUACGCCCGUCGUCAACGCGCUCGGCAAGCAGCGCGCCGCGCUGACCAAUAUCUUCCGUGCCUGCGUCGGUCUCGAGCCCGAGUCCGAGAUGACGCUGGAGCACAAACUGUUCUAG